AUGGGGAAGCAAAAAAGACCUGCUUCUGCAGUGCUGGAAUCGCCGAAGAUAAAGACCCAUGCGAAAGAAGCAACGGGGAUUGAUACGCAGCCUUUGAAGGUGGCAGGUCAGCACCUUACCCGACAAGUGGAGCAAGGGCGGCUGCCCGGAUACAUGAGCUAUGUCUUGAAGGACGGCCAGACGAUGCAUUUUGAGGCCUUUGGGCAUGCAGACUUAGCCGCUGGACAAAUGAUGCGAUUGGAGACACUGUUUCGCCUGUACUCUCAGACGAAACCCUUCCUUGUGGUCGGCUUUUUGAUCCUGUACGAACGUGGGAUUGUGGACCUGCAUGAUCCAAUUUCGAAAUUUCUGCCGGAGUUUGAAGCUGCAGUAGUCGGUCCGAAGAGGCUUCCGUUGCUGCGGCCGAUCUCGGUGCACGACCUGCUGGCGCACACCAGUGGUAUCGGCUUCGGGCCUGGCUUUGGCUAUGACCCCGAGAACGCCUAUGAGAGCAGCUACGUGCCACUGGUGCGGAAGGUCGACCUGGGAGAAAUCCAAUCCCUGGCAGAAUGGUGUCAAGAGCUGGCAAAGGUACCCUUGAGGUUUCAGCCCGGCAAAGACUGGGGUUAUGGCUACAGCUCCGAUGUCCUCGGCAGACUUCUUGAAGUGGCAGCUGGACAGCCUUUGGAGCAGUUUCUUUGCAAUGAGAUCUUGUCACCGCUGAAUUUGAGUGAGACCUUUUUUCAGGUGCCAAAGAAUCGAGCAGGUGCUUUAGCAGCGCUCUACAAGAGAGAACCCUGGCAUGGAAACAGCAAACGUGUACACUUUGUGACAGCGGAUGUGGGUGGCAGCGGCGUACUGGAGAGUACACAUCAGCGUGUCCUUGCAAAACCUAAAAUCGACCCGUCUUCGGUCCUGGCUUCAGAAAAUUCAGUCUUCCUGGAAGGGCAGGCCAUUACCAAGCAGGUCACACAGGGUGGAGGCUGUGUUUGUAGCGUCGCUGGUGGUUUGGUUAGCAGCCUUAGUGACUGCGGCCGCUUCUUCACCAUGCUGGUGAACGAGGGCGAAGUGAAUGGCCUUCGACUCCUUUCCGAGCAGAGUGUCCAGCUGCUGCGAAGAGAUUGGCUCAAUGACUUUACCAGAGAGAAACGCAGGCAACCGCUGUGGGUUUGGAAUGCGCCGGGCAUUGGCUUCUCACCUUUGGGUCAGUUGGGCGUCCCUGUGCCGAAAGGUACCAAUGCAGUACCCCGGCACAUGCCAGGGGCGCGGCUUGGUGCUGUGCACUGGGGUGGAGCUGGCGGUUCUGGAUACAUGCUGGACUGGGAGCAUCGCUUGGUGGUCCUUACCUACACUGGUUGUGUCUUUGACACGAGCACACAGAAGGCCAUGUGGCGCGCUGCCUAUGGCACACUACGAAAGCAGCGGGCGUGCAGCGAGAACUCCUGGGGAGGCUCUGAGGCUCCGUCGGCAAAGAAGUCUGUCAUCUCAACAGGUUCCAGCAUUGGUCGACCUGCAGCACAGUUGGCAGUGAAGAAGCAUGUGAGAAACCACGCCGUGUAUCAACGCUGGCAGGCUGGACUAGAGAGGUUUGAUCAACAUCAUCUCCAUAACCUGAAGAUGCGACUUUGCUUCACCCAUUGUACUCUGCAUGCACUGGUGUGGCAUUGUGCGCUGGCUGUACGACCUUCUGGUCGAGAAGCUGAGCUGUUGGAACACCAGGUUGAGAGAAUAACGGGCAGUUCACAGGUCAAUCGCGCCAGUAAAUGCGAAGAGGAUGCUCAGGCACCUUCUGACCCAAAAGAGGCCUGCCCUUCGGAAUGCCCGUUUGCAGCUGAACUGGCAGAUCCCACGAAGUACUGCCACUUCAAGUGUGUAAAGGCUGAGGAAUGCAGCACCAAAGGGACGAUUUCAAACCAAACCAUUCCUGAAAAGGAAAAGGUGAAAGAGAAUCCAUACUGCCGCUACUGCGAAGUUGAAGCCUGUGCUGAUUGCACUGCAGGUCGACCGGGAGAAAAAUCAGAAUCUGUUGAAACUUGCAAGAAAUGCAUGCCAGGAUACACCUUGAAAGGUGAGGGCAAGGAGUGUGUGACCCAUGGCGACUGGGUCUUCCUUGCCCUGGCUGCUGUGGCUGCUGUAGGUGCACUCUUCGGGUUGGCCUGGUUCGUCACGUUGCAGUCGAAACCAACUGUCAACCCUGAGGGCUUGCAGUACGGCAUGUACAGCCAGUUGCGGAUGAUGGUGACUCAAGACCACCAUGGAGAUGAGGGUCAGCCGUACCCGUUUAACACAAACCUGCUGUCCGUGCAUGUGGCUGGCCCUGGUGGAACAGCGCUGUUCCGCUUUCAAGCAGCUGCCAUUCUGUGGGCAGUGCUUGUGAUUGGAGUUUGGUUAGGCUUCGUUUUCUUUGUGAGCUCUGACCUCCUGUUGUUGGGCAAUCGACCAGCUGCCACUCCAAGGCAGCUCUGUGAGGUGGUUGGAUGGGGCCGGAAGCGGCAGAUGGAGCUGAUCUGGACGAAAGUAUCGUGGAUUGCUUUUGCAUAUCUGUCUGGCACCUUCGGUGCUAUUUUCUACGGCAUCGUGAUGGCCAAGUUCUUCCGAUCCUUCGACAGUGAGCGUGCAACGUUGUCAGACUACGUGGCAGUCUUGGAGGGUGUCCCCAAGCUGACCGGUGAUGAAAAGGUGGAGGACAUCCUCAAGGAGGCAGUUCAAACGGCUGUUGGCAGUGACAUUGCCAGGGAGGUGGUGGCUGUGUCCGUUGGAUGGGAUUUCCAAGCUCAUCGAGCACAGGUUCGACACUUCAUCGACGAAGAGGUGGGUAAGUUUCAUGAAGAGAAUCAUGAGCCAUUGGCCAUUCCAGAGGGCACUGGAGAUGAGUUCAAUGGCGUUUGCGGAAGCAUGAACAAACGGGUGCUCAACAGAUGGCACAUCCACUUGGACGGCCAUGGCGAGGAGUUCACAACAGAAGAUUUAAAGAAGAAUCUGACGAGUAUGGAGACUGCUCCUGUCUCUUACGUCAUUUUUAUGACCGAAAGUGCAAGGGACAAAGCUUUGGAGGCCACCAAGGCAGGUGUUGUGGUGAAGGAUGCGACCUGUACCUUGAAGCCCGAGACAUAUGAGCCGGAGGCCCUCUUCUGGCACAACCUACCAGUGACCAACAAGGAGUUUGGAUGGAAAUUUACCGUCUCCAGUGGAAAUAUUUUCCUGACCUGCAUGGCGUGGACCAUUCUCCUCUACUUGCCAUAUGCACACUACAUGUCAGCAUUUUCGUAUGCCAAUGGCGAUGAGCCGAGCCCAUUGGCAGAGAGUGUUUUCAUCGGCCUGGUGGUCGGAGCGCAAGUUGGGCUCUUUGUGGCCAGUAGCAUCGGAGCAGAGUUUUGCCAGUGCCACUACGAGGACCAGAAGCACAGGGUGUACAUUAUUUUCUACAAUGCUGCGUUGAUCCUGAACCUUGUGAUGGACAUUGUGUUGCAAGGCUACUUGAGCUACCUGCAAAUGGUGGGAGUAGGCGCUCGUGUGGCAGAUGGCCGACUCUUGGGAAGCCUCACAAGUUUGCAGGAGAUCUUCGAAUCCUACCCCAUGCAGAAGUCAGUGGGCAAGCUUCUCUUCAAGUAUUGUUGGCCCUGUACCUUCUUGGUACCUUUCCUCGCCGAGCCCUUCAUUGCCCAGCUGGGCCCGUAUCAUGUGGGUACGCUGCUGCUGCGAAGCAAUUCGCGAAUCCGCGGAGAAAACGCUGAGCGUGCUCUUGAGCUGUCCGAGAUGGAGCAAGGGCGCUAUGCAGACGUGAUCUUCAACUUGAUCCUGGUCGCAUGCAUUCCUUUCAUCGCACCAGCCUACAUGUUGACCACCUACGGUGUUUUCUUGCUGGCCCACUUGUACAUUUACUUCUAUGACCACUGGAAGACCUUGCGAUGGGCUCGCAAGUUCUACUUUUCAAGCGAUGAGGUGCAUUGGUUUGGGCAGCAACUGCUGUGUCUUCCUUUGGGCAUUUUGGCCUCAGCGUUGGUCUUCAAGGCAAAUCAGAUGUCUGGUGGUCCAAACGGUGGUCUUGGAUCAGGGGUGCUGCAUGGUUCAGUGCUGGGCGCGGCCAUGGCGGGAGCGUUCACGCUCCACGUUUUGGUGCAUCUCACCUUGUUGGAUAUGGUCGUCAAACCGUAUCGGUCAGAUCCCAACAAGGCUGAAAACACAACGCCUUUCUCGAAGGUUGCAGAAGAGGAAGCAGCUACUCAUCUGACCACAAACCCGGUGCAAUGCUUGCGCUCCAAAUACAUUCACGAGGAUUCGCCGCCGUUGAGUCCCUUUGUGCUGGGCAAGGAGAAAAUCAUGAAGCCAAAUCCAAAGCUUGGAGCAUACUUUGAUGGAUUGCAGGAUUUUGAGCAGAAGGCCAAGUUUCGGGAGGAGAAGCGCAAGUCGCGCGAAAGCAAAGCUUCAGAAGCUGCGAAGCUGGACUCGGAAUCGGGACCAUCGGGACCAGAAGCGAAGAUGGAAGCUGACCCGGCUGACCCUCAGGUGGUUAGCUCUUCGAAUCGUUUCCAGAGCGAAGAGGUCCUUGAGCGAGACAGACAAAGGCAGCGCGCUGCAGCCUGCGACCUCCGCUCCCGCGGUGGUGGACGUCACAACGCUUCACCUGCACGCUCGCAUGCUGCAGCGCUGUUCUUUGGGAGUGGCGUGCAGCAGGACCCGGUGCACUUGCCACCAGGGGCGCUACAACACGUGGCGCGGCCGCCCUCGAGGGCAGAGGUACGAACAGCGGCCCUUGCUGCUGAGCUGCUACAACUCGGUGUUUCCGGCGGAUUGCUUGUGGGUGAAGUGGCUUCUGCAGUGAGCACUGGCGAUGGGUUGCUGUUCAGAGGCAGCGAUGGUGUUGGCGAGGUCUUUGCCGUGGCAUGUCUCUGCUCCAUCCCGAUGGUCUCGGCCUUUGCUGCUGCCCUCCUUUGUUGUGCUGAGCCCUCGGGGCCCUCGGGGCGGCACCCGGCUUGGCCAAGUAGCCCAAGAUACUUUCAGGUGCUGGCAGUCUUUGCAGUGCUGGAGGUGAUUUUCCUAUGCAUCACCGGUGCAUUUCAGCCAUCCAUCCAUGCCCUGGCCUGGCCCCUGGCGUUGGCGGUGUGUUUCAGCCGCUCCGCCGUGGCGUGGAGCCAGCGCUUCGACACGGCCGAAGGGCCAACCCCACCAGGCCACGCGGUGGCCGCCCGGCCCCCGGGCCCCGUGGGGGCGCGGCCGGAGAGGCCGGAGAGGUCCAAACUUCGCCAGAACAAGGUGGUGGAAAAGAGUCAACAGACAGAGGUCAAGGUGAAGUUGCACUUUGAGGAAUUGAAUUUUCACGACGCCAGCGAAGAAGAAUGGAGGGAAAAACUUCUGCAGCAUUUUCAUCAAGAUCAGGGUAUUUCUGCUGAUGCCUGUGCAAGUUUGCAAAUUGAAUUUGUUGAAGGUAGUCUGGUUGCAGAAGUUCUAGCACCACCUGAAGCACAACAGGCUUUGACCAUUUUGGCGGCUCCGCCAAAUCCCGUGGUUUUGAAUCACCAGGGCGUGGUCGCCUUUGCCAGCAUCACUGUGUAUGGGAAAGGCGGCCAAAGUGGCUAUUCGGUGCAACGAAAGUGUGCAGCAGCCAUGGUGGCAAUGACUCAAGUGAAGCGCCUUCAAGCCCAGUUGCAGACCGAUUUGGAGGAAGUGAUGAGCUCCUGUCAUCAGAGUAUCAAGGACCUCGAUGGAAAGGUGCAGGUCUUAGAGAUGGACUCCGCAGAACAGCAGCGCAAAGUUCAGUCCCUGGAGGCCAAGUCGAAGCUUCAGCUGCGGCUGACCCACAACGAGCACCUGGUGGCCCCCCGCGAGAGGGUCGAGCCACGAAGCCCCGAGGUGAGCCCUGAAGCCGUGGCGGCCAUGGCGAAGCGCUUGGUGGAACGGACGCGGAAAGACUUGGAGGCACAGAUGGCCGUGCUACAGCAUCAGUUUGGUCAAGUCAGUCGUGAAUUGGAAAGCCUCAGCCGAGCCGCUGCAUUGGCACGCGCGGGUGAAUGUGAUGCUUCCGCUUUCAGCCUGCGGAAGUACCUGGUGGAUGCCUUGGUCCGUCCCAGCAGCCUGGAAGAUGCCCAGCAGCUGGCGCUGCGGCUGCUGAGCCAGGCCCUGGAUGCCGCCACGCUGCUGUCAGCCUCGGCCCUGGCGCCGGCGCCGGACGCCGAGAGCUACGCGGCAAGAGCGCCGGUGGAGAUCUUUGCGAAGUAUGAAACAUUGCAAGAAACUCGCCGCCUCCACGAAGAGUUGGUGGCAGAGCGUCUUCAGGAGCUUUUAGCCACCAGCCAUUCGGAUGCUUCGACGGUGCUGCAACCAGUGCCUGCAGGUGCUAAAGGACCGAAGGGACAGAAGGGACCAAAGUUCCUACCACCAAUGCCAGGUAUGCCAGGUGGAUCGGGAUCCAUUGAUGCCGAUAGGGAUCCAGAUGGAUCGCAUCCCGACUUUUCUGGUGGAUCCUGGGGCUUGCACAACGGUCAUGCUGGAGCAUUUCCCCCAUCCAUGGACAUCAUGCCGAACAACGCUGCUGGACCGGUUGCAGACAUUCCAGGUGCAAAUACAGACCUGGAAGGCACCAGUGAGGCGGAGUCCAGCGAGGCGCUGGGGUUUGCUUCGCAGACGGACGAUGUCGGACGAUUGGCUGGCUCUGAAUCUGAAGAGAGAGAGGAAGAGGAUGGCAGCGAACGUCGACGCAGCACUAGAGAAAGUGAGGAGUGGAAGCCAGCAAUGCCUCGAAAGCACAUCCCGCACAGCAUUGGCAUCAAGCGAAAGGUUGAGGAUCUUCCGGAUAUCAACACUCUUUAUGAGCCUCGAGAGCUUGCUCAGCUCUUUAAAGCUGUGGAUUCCUAUGUGCACCUGGUGCUGUCUCCGGGAGCACAUGUUGCUCACACUCCAGAGAUGUUCUUAGCAUCAAUGCUUUCGAGCCUCCAUCCUGCAGCCAGAGAAAGAGAACGAGACCUGCUUGACAGGGAGAGACGGCCCAUCACCCCCAACACUGACAUCGGAGGUGCAGGAGGCUAUUUGCGAGACAAAGAAGGGCCAUUGGUGCUGCGACCCAUUUUUUGCAGGUUCCUUCUGGGCUCCAAAUUGUGCGGCAGCCGGGAUUCACCGCAUCGAUACCAAGACUGUGUCGCCGCCUUUGAUGCACAUGCAUCUCGCUACGAGGCCUUCUUUGGGAUGCCGCGCAACCUGCUGCUGCGCGUCCUUUCAGGCAUCGUGCUUCCACCUGGUUGUGAAGCCUCCUUGAUGGCCUCAGCCUUCAGCGACAAAGCCAUUCGCCAGCUUCCGAACCAGGUGAAACGAUUCUUAGACCAUCACUUGCGCAAUGCCAUGGCCCACUGCGAGGCCCGGCGGCAAGCUCUGGAGGACAGCAUCUCUGGUCUUCCAUGGGUGGACCAACUGCUGUGGUUGGACCCUGCGCUUCUACCGAAGGUAGAUGAGGAAGCGGACUUGAAAGAAAAAGAGACGCCCAAGGGGAAAGACUCGAAAGACCCGAAGGAAAAAGAGAAGCAAAAGGGAGAUCGGCCAAAGCUGGAGCGCAGCCCCACGCAGAAUCUGGAGGAGCCACGGGCUGCCAAAGUCAUGAAGAUGAAGGCACCAGAGCCAACCUUGCGUUUGCCUCCAGGGAUUUGGCCGCCGCUGCCUCCACGCUGGGUGAUGUCGGAGAGGGGUCUUGAACAGUGGAAAGAGGGCAUUCGUCAAUGGGAAAACGAGGUCUAUCAGCAGAGUCCAUCACAGCUGCGCGCUUUGUACGAGAACACCGCCAAAGUGGUCAUGGGUGAACUGCUCUCCAGUCAACUCUUGGAACCUGAGGCACACGCGCAGCGCCUGGGAUAUGUGGGCCAAAUUUGUGUCGGUGAAAGCGGGGGCUUAGGUAUUGCACUUUGCGAGUCGUUUCCAGCUACUUGGUGCAGACAAGCUGGGCCUUCUGAGAUUCCGAAAAUGCAGGUGACACCCAUAGUGCCGCCCAGUGCCCAGCCGCUCAGGGAACUGAGCCCAGCACACCAACGGGACCAACGGGACCCACUGCUUCGACGCUACUCCGCCAGGGUGCGGAGUCUCGGAGCAGAUCCAAAAGGUCCAUUGCGCGGAGCCAAGGGAGAUGAGAAGCAACCUCCGGCCAAGACUCUGAAGCGAAGGGAGGGGCCAGCAGAUCUCAUGUCAUUCAACGCCUUCUUUUACUUCUGCACAGAGUUUGAGCUGUUUCCAAAGCAUGCGUCCUUUGAUGAGCUCAAGAUGAUUUACGACUCCGCUGAAAUGGUCGAGGACUUGGCCAUCGACAAUUUGGAGGUUCCGCAGCGCCGCACCACGCCACAAGUCUCCGCAGCUUUGGCUGCGCAACUGCCGCGGGUAGACUUGUCUUUCAUGGAUAAGCCCAUGCUGGAGAUGAGUGAUAUGGAGUUGCAAGCGACCUUCUUCUUCGCUGCGUUGGAACAGUGGAUGGAGAGUCGUUUCCUCCGCCUUGCGGAUUUGGUCGUGCAGCGCAUGCCUUGGAGCUUGGAAGAGCUGGAGGAAUUUGGCAGUGCAUCUGUUGCCCCACGAUUUCCAGAGAAAAGGAUGCGGCGCUCUGCGAUUGCAGCUCCCAAGGAAUUGAAGACCGAGGAGAAGAAGGUGGUGAAGACGGUCACAAGCAAAGAGGAAGAGAAGAAGGAGAAAAGGGAGGACGAGAAGAAGGAGAAGAAGGACAAGGGCGGCAGGCUGCAAUUGGCGCCAUGGCUCACUCUCAGUGCAAGCGAACUUCUGGAGAUUGCUUCACCACCAGGGCAAGGGCACUUGCUGAAGCCGGAGGAGUUUCAGCAAUGCUUCCGCAUGCUGCUGAAGACUUCUUCUCCAUCGCCAGAGAUCUCGGUGUAUCAGCUCGACAAAGUGUUGUCAAAGGCCAAGGCGAUCUAUGACCAGACCUCAGUGGCUGGCUGCUUUAUGUUGAAGCCCGAUUCGGAGCUGUCAUUCUCUGAGCGUGCCACGCGGGCGUUCUUGGAAGCUUUGGAUCGGAAGUUGAUGGAAAGGUUUACCAGGGGCAAUGGCAGCAAACUGGACAGCCUGUUUGAAGGUGAGGAGACGGUCACUCCAUCCAUGUUGAUGCGGAAAGCUGUCUCCUUUGCUCUCAGCCCAGAUACCAUCCCUGCCGAGAAGGACCUCGCUGUAAGCCUGGCUCAGAUAGGUGGAAACAGAGAGACAGGCGGCAUGACAAGGCCUGUCUUUUUCCGUGCAUUGUACUUGGCGCGACACCACCGACACAUGCAACAGACGAAGACCAUCAAGGCACGCUCCGCACUUCUUGCGCAGCAGACUCGCAGGAGCACUUGGUGGCCGGAAGGUAGCCAUCCAGCGCGGCAAAGCUCCAAGCAACGAGCCAAAGGCGGCCUCUGA